UGCAUCCUCCUCUUUGAUUUUUGAUAGUAAACAAAGAAGUCAAACAGAAAGUCUUCAUGAACACUUUAAGUUUUGAUAGUGAAGAGUUUUAUUAAAAAGAAGGUUUGAAAAAUUUUUGGUUUCAACAUAGACUUGAUGAGUCUAUUGGUUUAAUAGGAUGUAAUUUUCGUAUAAUAAUUUGUUUUUUUAAAGAAUGUUUCCUUCAAUAAUAGCGGUGCACUGUGGGGCUGGGGUUCAUUGCUCAGAUUACCGUUCAGAAUACAACAAAUUGUGUAAACAAGCUUGUCUGAGAGGUCUAGAAUCAUUGAAAAACGGUGGAUCAGCUUUGGAAGCAGUAAGGGAUUCUAUAAUCACCCUAGAAAAUCAUCCAAGAACAAACUGCGGUUAUGGGUCAAAUUUAACUAUAGAUGGUGAAGUAGAAAAUGAUGCAUCAAUAAUGAACGGAGAGACUUUAUUAUAUGGAGGUUGUGGUGCUGUCAAAAGACUUAAGAAUCCUAUACAGUUAGCAUAUGAUCUCUGUACAAAGCAAACACAAGAAAAUGUACUAGGACUCAUUCCCCCUUCUCUAUUAGUAGGAAGUGGAGCUUUGAAUUAUGCCAAGAGUAUUGGAUUGAAAACUGUUAGUAAUAAAACUAUGAUCAGUGUAAGUUCUGCAAAAAGACACAAGAAGUAUUUGGAAGUGUAUCAGGAGGCAACUAGAGAUAAAGAACAAAAUCUGCUAUUGGAUACUGUAGGAGCUGUUUGCAUGGAUGCCAAUGGUAAUUUUGCUGCUGCUAGUAGCUCUGGUGGAAUUUUACUAAAGAAAUCUGGUAGAGUUGGUCAGGGUGCCCUUUAUGCUAGUGGAACUUGGGCAGAUAGUAGUUGUAAAGAUAAUGAGCCAUCCAUUGCAGUUUGCACAAGUGGUUGUGGUGAACAUCUUGUUAGAACUCAACUAGCGAAAGAAAUUGCUAAUGACUUAACAGAAGUUGAAUGUCCCACAACUGGUUUAUAUAAAUGUCUAACAGAUAAAUUUAUCAAUUCAAAGUUUCUGAAGAAUGUAGAUAACAAAUUGUGUGGUGUUCUUGUUCUGAGUAAAAAGAAUGAUGAAGUUUCAUUCAUGUGGGGCCAUAGUACAGAAACCAUGAGUGUUGGUUAUAUGAGAAGUGAUGAUAAAAGGCCAUCAGCAUUUAUUUCAGAAUUACCUGUAAGAUCUAAAGUUGGCCAAAUUGUGAAUAUAGGUGGAUAUCAUUAUUCAGUUUGACUUAUUUGAUAAUGAGGCAUAAUGUUCAAUUGAACCAGUUAGAGAAUAAGUGGUUCAAUUGAACUGGUUACAAUAUUUAUUAUUCAUACUGAAUAUAAAUAUAUUUUUUGUGUUGUUAUUAUAGCAAGAUAUGCCAUUUAUUUUUUGUGAAUUAUAGAAUUGAAUAUUCAAUAAAGUCUAAAUGAAUAGUAAUAUCCAAAAGUA